AUGCUCUACAUACUGGUUGGUGUCAGCUUUGGGCUGAUGUGUGUUCUGCAAGUCACUCUGAACAUCUCCUUGCGUCUAGCCCACUCUAACUUCUUGGAGGAACAGAUAAAAUGGUUAGAGACCAGUUAUAACAACCUGACUGAAGAGAAAAAACAGCUACAGAUCAGUUACAACAACCUGACUAAUGAGAGAGACAAGUUCACUGAGCUGGAAUGGAGGAAGUUUAACUCCAGCUUGUACUACAUCUCCAACGAGUAUAAAACUUGGGAAGACAGCAGACGGGACUGUCUGAAAAGAGGAGCGGACCUGGCAGUCAUAAACAGUGACGGGGAACAGGUGUUUAUCAGUCAACUGAACACCAAGCCCUGGAUUGGUCUGACUGACAAGGAUUCUGAGGGGACCUGGAAAUGGGUGGACGGAACACCACUGACCACAGCGUAAGAGAUAGUAACGUUUUCUCAUAACAUCCUUUUUGAAAUGUAUUAUUAAACCAUCGCUUGACCAGACUCGGCACAGUCAAAGUAUUUUUAACACAUGAUUUGGGAUGAGUUGAAAUGUAACAUCAGUAUGGUUUGUAGGUUUUGGUUUACUAAAGAGCCUAAUGAUGGAGCUGUGAAUGGAGAGGACUGUGUCAGCCUUUAUUACCAUACCGAGUCUGUGUUGAAGAACUGGAAUGACCUAGCAUGCAGCACAGAGUUGAUGUGGAUCUGUGAGAUUGUAAAUGGCUGAUCCACAGACAAACAGACACACAGAUUCUGUAAAUACACCCAUGCAGGGAGACACACACUACACACACACUCACUCACACACACAGCUUUGACUUUUUAGGAGGUAAGAAUGUAUACACACCCUUAGAAAUAGCUUUUUACAUGUAUUCUUAUUUCUUGUUUAUAAUACAUUAAUUACAAAUGUUAUUUGGCAUUUUAAGUAUUUGCUUUACUGUUAUUAGCCGUUACUGGAUUGCAUUUUUUUUUUGUAUCGCUGUGGAACUAUUUUCACAAGUAUGUGGUACAUUUCCAUAACGCUUAGUACAAAACUCCAAACUGGUCACACUUGUAACGGAGCCGGUCUUUCAUUAAAAACCUGUCAUUGUGCAUUCAUUUGGAUUGUAAACAUCUCUCACCACAUAACCAUUGAUUCAAAAUAUAAGUUUAUUGUGAAAUGUAGUGAGAACAUUGGUUUAAUCACCAAAUCACAACAUAAUGAUACAGUAUCUUUUUAAUUGAGUCGUUUUAACUACUAGUUAAUCCAAUAGCAAACAAUACAAGAUAGGUGUUUCAAAUCGCCCUUAGAAGUGCUGAAAUUAAUAUGCUACAGUUCUGUAAAUUACAGUAGAUUACACAGUUUUCACAUUAGGCAAUACACUUACAUUACCCAACAAAAUUGACAGAAAUGUGUAGUCAAAGGUGUGAUCAAUGAAGACAUCCUCAACAAUCAGUCAUGCAAAAAAACAUAGGGGUACUGUCUGUAAUCAAAUGGAAGAAAUGAAAUGCAACAAAUUAAAUGAAUGAAAAUUAAACAUAACGUUUAGCAAGCUGUCACGUCCUGACCCUUGUAAGAGGUCAUUUUCUAUAGUAGAUGGGUCAGGGCGUGACAGGGGGUGUUUGGUUGGUUUUCUUGUUUUCUAUUUCUAGGUUUUGUGUUCUAGGUGUUCUAUUUCUAUGUUUUUUUGGGGGGUUGAUCUCCAAUUGGAAGCAGCUGGUCCUCGUUGCCUCUGAUUGGAGAUCAUAUUUAAGUAGGGGGGUUUUCCUUUUGGGUUUGUGGGUUGUUAAUUUUGAGUAGUGUGUUUUCCUCUCUGCGUCACGGUUUGUUUUUUGUAUUUCUAGUAUUUGGUGUAUUUCUAGUAUUUGGUGUAUUUCAGUAUUUGGUGUAUUGCAACGUUUCACUAUAAAUAAAAAGAUGUGGAA